GGUACCUCGCUUUUUCGAUUAGAUGGUAUCGCUUCGUCGUGUAGUGACCGUUUCGCUUAAACAUGACAUUUUUCUCAACAAAUUCUUUGCUUUCUCGAAUUUAUUAACUAACAAUUGCAGCACCGAUGCACGUACGAAUUCUUCGUUCUAUAAAUAGUUUGACUAAACUUCGGUAAAAGAAACGACAUUCGAAUUUCGAUUGAGAAGAUCGUGAUGGUGAUAAUCGGCGACACAAAUAACAUACCAAUAGAUGCUAAUUGCUAGUAGCUUCGAUAUUUGACCGCAAAUGACGCCACAAGUAUCGCUAGAUACGUAGUACCUUUAGGAAGAUUCAAUGUUGAUUAAAAACGAAACAUUCGACGAUUAUUAAUGAAUUCUAUCGAUUCAGAGAUUACUACUAUCGAGUCUAAGAUUACUACGAAAAAUAUGUAAUUCUAAAAAUUUUGUAAAUCUGUAUUGUUAGUUUCUUCUAUAGAUAGCAGUUUUCGUUACUUCGGUUUGAAUUCAACCAUUGAUAAGAACGAAAGAAAACAAGAUCAAUUAAUAUCAAGGUUUUACAAACACGUGGCCAGUGUAUCGGGGUUUGUAUGCUAGAAACAUCGUUAUACGUAUACACUACAAGUAACAGGGCCAAAAGUAAAGAUGGAAGUAGAUUACAGCAGCAUCUGUGAUGUUAAGAUCCCCGAGUGCAAGAAAUUGGCCAGCGAGGGGAAGUUACACGAUGCUUUGGACCAGUUGCUUGCUUUAGAAAAGCAGACACGAACGGGUGCAGAUAUGUAUCAUACUUCUCAGAUUUUAGUAGCCAUUGUUCAAAUUUGCCUGGAAGCACAAAACUGGGCUGCUCUGAACGAACAUAUCAUUUUAUUGUCCAAAAGGCGUUCUCAGAUAAAGCACGCGGUUACUAAAAUGGUACAAGAAUGUUGUACCUAUGUGGAUAAGAUGCCUAAUAAGGAAACUAUGAUCAAAUUGAUAGAAACUUUACGCACCGUAACCGAAGGAAAGAUAUACGUGGAAGUCGAAAGAGCUAGACUUACUCAUCGUUUGGCAAAAAUUAAAGAGGAAGAUGGAGAUAUUUCUGGUGCCACGGCCGUUAUGCUAGAAUUACAAGUUGAAACGUACGGCAGUAUGUCGCGUUUGGAAAAAGCCUCCUUGAUCUUAGAGCAAAUGAGACUGUGUUUAGCGAAGAAGGACUUUAUGCGCACUCAAAUAAUAGCUAAGAAGAUAAACGUUAAAUUUUUCAAAGACGACGACGACGAAGAAACGCAAUCGCUAAAAUUAAAGUACUACGAUCUCAUGAUGGAACUAGCCUGCCACGAAGGGUGGCAUUUAGAGUUAUGUAGACACAAUCGAGCGAUAUUGGAAAUACCGGCCGUCCGAGAUGAUCCUGAAAUGAGACAUUUCGCACUUGCACGAGCUGUUUUAUACUUGAUACUCGCUCCACACGAACCGGAACAGGCGGACUUGACUCAUAGACUACUGGCGGAUAAACUUCUAGACGAAAUACCUACGUACAAAGAGCUGUUACGACUGUUUGUAAACCCAGAGUUAAUAAACUGGUCAGGACUUUGCGAAAUCUAUGAGAGAGAACUCAGAGCAACUGUAGUUUUUUCCUCUUCGACCGAAGAAGGUCGUAAACGAUGGACUGAUCUCCGAAAAAGAGUGGUCGAACAUAAUAUUAGGAUCAUGGCAAAGUAUUACACGAAAAUCACGUUAACGCGUAUGGCAGAGUUAUUGGAUUUGCCGGUUAAAGAGACCGAGGCGUGUCUCUGCAAUUUAGUGGAAACUGGCGUAAUAAAUGCCCGUACAGAUAGAUUGGCUGGCGUGGUACGAUUCACAGGAACUCAAGAACCAGCUGCUUUAUUAGACGCUUGGGCUGCUUCAUUGUCAAAAUUAAUGAGCCUUGUUAAUCAUACCACCCAUCUGAUUCAUCAAGAAGAAAUGUUGGCCGUUGCUCAAUCCUAACAGGUACAUUGCAUCUCUUCUCGUCCUAUUCCUCCUAUCCUUACUAGACGAUGUUUUCCUCAAUUUUCUUCUUUUACUUAGUUCGUCCACUUUCUAUAAUCUACGUUAAAAUCAUUUCUACGAAAGAAAUGCGUGUCAGAAAAAUCCUAGUAAUAUUAUUAAUGUACAUUUUGUAUUCUCGCUGUCCAAUGAAACCGUUUAAAAGGCAUUUCUCAUCUUGUAAUCAACGUACUUGUAUACCGGACCGUAAUAAUAAACUGGUUAUGUAAAACA